AUGUCUUCGGUACUGGCUAUCCAGCCGCUGCCGAAGACCUACUCCAUCCGGAUUCUGAGUUAUGACCCUCUGAUCAUAUACGUCGUAGGCUUCCUCUCAUGGGCCGAGAGGAACCAUUUGCUGCAACUGGGACAGCCUCUAUUUGAACGGUCGGCAGUUUACGUAGACGCGGAGAAUUCGAACCUAUACGACUCGGACCGAACCAGCAGCACCGCAUUUCUCCCGGACGAAGACCCCAUCGUCCGGCGGAUAAUCAAGCGCGCGUCGGAAAUCCAGGGUUACACGCCUGAGAACAUGCAUGAGUCUCUUCAGCUGACUCGAUACAGCGCUGGGCAGCACUUCAACCCUCACCUGGAUCCCCUUGACGAUUACCACAACGGCUCAACGACACAUCGGCUGACAACCAUCUUCGCCAUUGUAGAGGCUACUUGCGAGAAGUGCGGCACGCAGUUUCCGAACCUCAACAUCAACUGGACUCUGGAGGAUAAAAGCUGGUGCAAUUAUGUUGAGUGCGACAACAACGAAGCCCUGACUGUUAAAGCUGUGGCGGGGAAUGCAUUAUUCUGGAAGAGCUGGGAUAACUCGGGAAAGCUUGAUGACAGAACUACUCAUGCGGGGCUUCCUCCAGAAGGAGGCAUCAAGACGGGAUUGAACAUCUGGACCAACGGCUAA